UCCAUGUAUCUAACUUGUAACUACUUACUGGUCUCCCCAUUGACUUGACUGGAGACUGUGAGUCAAACCAUGGCGGCAUCAGAGCAAAAAAACAAUCCUCCGAUGACCGCCACCGGCCGGAAGCCGGAGCCCCAGCUCCCCGGUCAAUCCUCCUCGCCGCGGCCUCACCUUCCUAGGAGACCUCAUCCGUCCAUGAGGGUGACUGAUACGGAGAGAGCGGCCUCUAAAUUCGGAGCCGCCUUCCUGUCGGGGAUCAUCGGAAACCCUCUCGAGGUCGCCAAGACAAGGUUGCAAGCACAGGCUGCUGGAGUUUCAUACUUACAUCCCGUAAGAGACAUCACAGGUCAAGCAGCAUAUUUUGGGUCGAACAUGGGAAGGGGAUUAAGUGCAGGCUCCUUUGCUGGGAUUCAUGGUUCUGUUCCAUCAUGUCCUUCUGACAGUUUUCGCUAUAAAGGAACCCUUGAUGUUUUGUACAAGAUCACACGGGAGGAAGGAUUUGCAAGGCUUUGGCGAGGUGCCAGUGCUGGUAUCACUUUGAUUCUUCCCCGGAUGGCAAUAAACGUCAGCUGUUAUCCUAUAUUUGUCGAAUCACUUGAGAAACUUACCGCUCCUAAAUUCAGACCGCUAGUUCCUGUAAUAGCGGGACCACUCACAGUAGCAUUGGCUUGUGUGACGUGUUACCCGAUUGAACUCUCUAGAACCCGUAUGCAGGCAUUUCAGGAGACCCAACUGGGCAAGAAGUCUCCUGGUGUCUUCAAGACUUUAUGCGAGGUUACCUCGCAGGCUAAAUCAGCAUAUAAGUCGAGGAACAAUUUGCUACAAUAUCGUGUGCUCUGGAUGGGCAUGGGAGCACAUAUUGCUCGGGAUAUUCCGUUCUAUACAAUCUGUUCGUGGAUGUUCAUGCCUACGCUCAUAAAAGUUCUCCCGGACGAUAACAGACUGUUCAAUUACAGUUUCCAGUUGAGAGUGAUUUUCUCGGCUGCUUUCAUCACAGGAAGUGUUGCUGGAGCUCUCACUUGCCCUCUUGAUGUUGCCAGGACUUGGAGGCAGAUUGAGGACCCAAAUGGAGCAUCCAGAAUGAGUUUAAAGGAGCCUCUGGUUGAGAUUUGGAGGAAGACCGGCAUGAGGGGUCUCUUUGCGGGGAUGGUCCCGCGAGCUUAUCAUGCUGGACUGUCUUUUGGGAUUGUGGCAGUAAUGCAUUUUCACAUCGAGCAGUACAAGCACCAUGCUCGGUUCUCUAACCUCUUCAAAGAAAGCAAUAGAAGCUAGCUGGCUUCUUUUUUUUUUUUUUGGCUGGAUAGCUAUCUAGCUUCUGAUUGACAGAAGAAUUCACUCGAUCAGUUGAGGUCGAGAUUCAGGAGAUUAUGUGAAGGCAAUCAACAAGUAACUACUAGAGUGUGAGUUAUGAAAAGAGUUCCUUCCUAUGGUACGACGACGACAACAGGCAGCGAAAAAUAAAUAUAACUAAUCAGCUUCUUCUCUUCUGGGGAUCAUCCACCAUGAAAAUAAGGCGUAAUUUUAGAGGAUACGUGGGUGAUUUUGUAAUUCAAAAAGAUCAAUGGCGUAAAUUUGAAAACCACAACCAAUUAUAUAAUACAAAGCCGAAGUAGAGUAAUCUGAAUAAUCUCCAUGCGUUGCUGGCACAAACCCAGUUGAAGUAUUACAGUUGUACAAUUACUAGUUUAGUAUCUUAAUAUUACUAGUAUCUCGUAUUUUUGUAUAGCAUCUUUAUUUUAGGCUAGAUAUCCUGCCUUUCUUUAUAAGUCUAGAACUUUCUUCUUACAGCUGAAUGUAUUUUGCUCAUAUAAGAGAUUCCUCUAGUGAAUGAAAUAAUAUCGAGGAUUUGCAGACAA